AUGCCUCUCUUCGUGCUCUCGCCUGCCUCGCUCGCCCACUCGGCCCUCUUCGCUGGUUACUACACCUACCUCUCUGGCAACGUGGCCUACCAACGCCUCCAGACCGGUACGCUCACCAACGGUGAGGAGCAGAACGGCACGCCCCUCUCGCGUGCCGUCCGUGUCCACGGCAACUUCUCCGAGUACACCCCCUUUGCCUUCCUGCUCCUGUUCCUUGCUGAGCUGAACGGUGCCCCGACCAAGUGGGUCCACGCCGCCUACGUCACGCUGUUCCUCAGCCGUGUCUCGGCGGGUGUCGGCCUGACCAAGGAGAAGGCGAGCAACGUCUUCCGCAAGUUCGGCUUCAUUGGCACGCUCAACGUGAUCCUCGGUGCCGGCCUGUACAACUUCGGUCUCGGCUACGAGCCCCUGAAGUCGUUCCUCGGUGUGCAGUAA